GGGAAAGUAAAUAGUCGUAAAUACCUAAGCUACAAAAAUGCCUGAAGUAAUGAUAUGCGGCAUACCAGUCACAUUUCCAUUUGAACCAUAUGAAGUUCAAAAGGACUACAUGCAAAGAGUAAUUGAGAGCCUUCAAAACAAUACCAAUGCCUUAUUAGAAUCUCCCACAGGAACCGGUAAGACUUUAAGCUUAUUGUGUUCUUCAUUAGCUUGGUUAUUAGUUAAAAAGGCACAGUUACAGAUGAAUGCACAAGUCGGCAACUUUUCCGAGCAUAGCACUUUCAGUGGGGCGCUAAAAGAUACUCUAAAAUCCGGAGCUGGUAAAUCAAAGGAUAGCGCGUCGUGGGGCAUGCCAAAAAUAAUUUAUUCAUCAAGAACACACUCGCAAUUGACACAGGCUAUGCAAGAACUGAAGAGGUCCAGCUACAAACAUGUUAAAGCCACUGUUUUAGGCUCAAGAGACCAAAUGUGCAUUCAUCCAGAGGUUUCCAAGGAGACAAAUAACAUGAACAAAGUCCACAUGUGCCAGUUGAAAGUAAAAUCAAGAACCUGCUACUUUUACAAUAAUGUUGAAUCAAAGAAAGAAGACAGGGCUGUGAGAGGUGAUGAAAUAUUAGACAUAGAAGACUUGGUAACUGUGGGAAAGAAACUUAAGUGCUGUCCAUAUUAUUUAUCAAAGGAACUUAAACAGGAUGCUGAUAUUAUUUUUAUGCCUUACAACUACAUAUUAGAUCCAAAAUCAAGGAAAGCAAAUGGAGUAGAGCUCCUCAAUAAUAUUAUUAUUUUAGAUGAAGCACAUAAUGUUGAGAAGAUGUGUGAGGAGUCUGCAUCUCUGCAGAUUCGCACAACAGAUGUUGCUUUGUGUAUAGAUGAGAUCACACAUGUCAUGAGAUCUUUUGGUGAGACAGCGGGGAAUGAAGAUCAAAUGGAUAUGACUGUGGACAGUCAGCCCAAAGAUUUUACUUGUGAAGAUUUGUGUGUGUUAAAAGAAAUUAUGCUGGCAUUAGAAAAAGCUAUUGAUGAGAUUUCUGUGGGAAAUGAAGGGAGUACAUUCCCAGGUGGUUACAUAUUUGAGUUACUAGCCAAAGCUGAAAUAAGGGACCAUAAUCAAAUGGCAGUAAUAACUAUGAUUGAGAAUUUAAUACAAUACUUAUCAACAGCCAGUGCUUCACCUUUCCAGCGCAAAGGAGUUGGUUUGCAGAAGAUAGUGGAUUUACUAAAUGUUGUGUUUAGUGGAACUACUCAUGCAUAUAAGGAGAGAGUCAAAAUGUGCUACAAGGUUCAUGUGCAAGUUGAGGAUAAGAAGAAUAAGAAAACUGAUAGUUGGGGAGCUCUUAAAACUACCAACACUAAAGCUGCUGAAAGAGUUUUGAGCUACUGGUGCUUCAGUCCAGGCUUUGGAAUGAAACAGCUAGUAGAACAGAAUGUGAGAAGUAUAAUAUUAACUAGUGGAACACUAGCUCCACUCAAACCUUUAACAUCUGAACUGGGCAUUCCAAUAGGAGUUCAACUAGAAAACCCCCACAUAGUAAAAUCAAACCAAAUAUGUGUUAAAAUAAUGAGCCAAGGCCCUGAUGGUGUCCAGCUAAAUUCAAAUUAUCAGAACAGAGACAAUCCUAAAUACAUUUCAUCUUUAGGUAGAACUAUUCUUAGCUUCUGCCGUGUAGUUCCAGAUGGUCUGUUGGUAUUUUUCCCAUCAUACCCUAUCAUGACCAAGUGUCAAGAAAUGUGGCAAAAUGAAGGAAUCUGGUCAAGUAUAAAUAAUAUAAAACCAAUAUUUGUUGAGCCUCAGCGUAAAGAUACUUUCAAUGCUAUAAUAAGUGAUUACUAUAGUAAAAUAAGUGAUCCCAGUACAAAAGGAGCAUGCUUCAUGGCUGUGUGUAGAGGAAAAGUUUCUGAAGGCUUAGACUUUGCUGAUAUGAAUGGCAGAGCUGUAAUCAUAACAGGAUUACCAUUUCCGCCUCUAAAAGAUCCUAGAAUUAUUUUGAAGAAGAAAUACUUGGAAGAACUUAGAACUAAAGAUAAACAGUUCCUAUCAGGUGAUGAAUGGUAUUCUUUGGAAGCAACCAGAGCUGUUAACCAGGCUAUUGGCAGAGUUAUAAGACAUCAAAAUGAUUAUGGAGCAAUUCUACUCUGUGACAGUAGGUUCAACAGUCCUAAAUUGAAAAACCAACUAUCUGCAUGGUUGAGAGACCAUAUAAAUGUAUCAAACAAGUUUGGGGAAACAGUUGGUGAAAUAUGCAGGUUUUUCAAAAAUGCUGAAGCUACUUUACCAGCUCCAAGAUUAAAACCAUUGCUUCCAAAUGAAUCUACAUAUUCAGAUAAAGAUUCUGGUCCAAUUCAUGUUAGUGGUGUUGCAUUUCCAAUAACUACUACUAGAGCUGUCUCAAAGUCUUCUGCUAAAAAGUCAGUUAGCCAAUAUCCAAAUUCAAAUGAGGUGUAUGCAGAUUUUUCUAUGGACUUUUACAAAAAUGCAAAAGCUUCUGCCUAUGUAAAUGAAUUCAAGCCAAAUACAACCAAGGAUCUCUUUAGUGCUAUAGAUCAAAAUGAUACACAGCAGACUUCAAGUCAGUCUUUAGUUACCAUCCACAAGAGAGCUGCAGACGUCAGCAUAGCUAGUAACAUAGUCAAAAAGAAGAAGUUAAAGAUCAAACCUUUUGGCUUUGAAGAGAAUUUGAAUGGUGAGAAAACUGAAGUACAAACAAAGCCAGUUGAAAAGGUUCCUCCAGAAUCAUUAAUAGACUUUGUGAAAGAAAUAAAAGUGCUCUUACAGGCUGAACAGUAUAAGGAAUUCCAAUUAUCCAUUUCAGCUUACAAGAAAAGUGGUGACUAUGAAGUGUUUUUGAAAAUUCUAUGUAAUUUAUUUAGAAAUAGUAAAAUGUUGUAUUUAUUCAAAGGUAUGAAGAGGUUUCUGAAAGAGGAGCAUAAGGCAACCUUUCAAGAAUAUUGUGAUAAUGUUAAUUUAGAUAGCUAAUAAUAAUGUAAGGCUAAUUUAUUUAAUGACAUAAAAU